CACUAGUGCAUUCGCUGGAUACGAGAUCUUAUGGUUCGGUGUUGGUGGUGUGGAUGCGUAGUGGAAAAACUUUGUCCAGCGAUAUUCCUUGUUGGCGUUGUCGGUGGUCCUUGGGACCGAAGACCCGGACCCGCCGGCUGUUUAGAGUUAUCAGAUCCGUUCGUUUUUGGGACCCACGUACCGGGGGAAAGCUCGCUUACAUUAUCUUUUCUGGAUCGGGGGUCCGGAUGGAUGUGUCAUAGCUUGCACUCGUCGGACAGGACACUACACUAGAACUUUUGGAAGUUUGAUGGUGACUUGAUUGGCAUUUUUG